AUGUUCUUCAAAACGCCGAUCAGUUCUUUCAGAGAAGAGACGUGCGCUCGUCUGUCCAAAGAGCUCAACUACCGGGUCGUCGAACCAUUUGAUGAUCCAAAUGUGAUUUGUGGACAACCGAAAUCGUCGAACAAGUUCCGGGACGCUGAUGCAAUCUUCCUUGCUGUUGGCGGUGGAGGAAUGGCAAGUGGUGUGACGGCGUAUGUUGCUGAAGGUGGACCAGAGAUAUCAGAGAAUGACGACGAAAUCCGAGCCGCUCUUAAGCUAAUUUGGACACGAACUAAGCAGCGUGUCGAGCCAUCUGCAGCAGUGCCACUGGCAGGACUUCUGAAAAUCUCUCCGUCCGAGCUCGGUAUCAACAAAGCGGUGCUGCUACUCUGUGGCGGAAAUGUGGAUCUUGAUUUUGUGCCGUAG